UUGUACUAUUAAAAACGAUUUUGAUCAAAAAUUUGCCUGCAAAUCCUUUAAAGAGAUACACCGUAUGAGAACAGUAUUUGAGCCCAAAAUUUCAAACACUGUUUGGGCCAAGUUAACAUCCAACGCAACU